AUGGCGUCUGCCGGAAAGCCUCCAUUGGAGGAUGCUCGUCGGACGACAGGAUCACCGAAAAUGAAGAGCCGCGAGAAUGCGAAAGACACAUUGUGCCGCAACGUGACCAUCUAUGGGAGAUGUCGCUAUGAAGACAAAGGUUGUGCUUUCAAUCAUGACCCGUCGAAGCUCAAUGCGAACCAGUCGGACAGCAAGAAGCGGUUCAAUGUCGACUCACCUAGUUUUACCCCAUCCCUACUGUCUGGAAACGGCGUAUCAGCGCCAAAAAAGUCCACCGCGAUAUCUCCGAAAGCUGCUAGUGCAGCUCCUUUCCAACCUCGAACAACAUCAUCACGUUCAAACACAAGUACGCCAACAACGCGGUCAGAAGGAGUGCAAGAUUGGGCGGUGGCCGAUGUGCAGGAAUUUGUUCCUCAGGGCUUUGAGCAUGUGUUCUUCACUUCCCAUCUGCCUCCACACGACGUCCCUCCCCUUUUCAGCGCUGCUCUGCGCAACCGUGCUAAUACUCCCACCCAGACAUCUCUUCAAGGCAAUGGAAACGGAGGAAUCACCCCCACGGGUGCAUUUGAUCCUUUUGUGACCACCCCAACUCCCAUGACUCCGGGUGCUGUUGGCCCUGUUUCUGCCAACCCUUACUCCCACGACCCUACUGGUGCGAUGGGAGGUGCUUUCUUUGCAAACCAAACUGGAUUCCAGCAACCGAUUCAGUACCAUCUUUAUGCCCCAAUUGGCCCUCAUAGCCAGAACACAUUGGGAUACCAGCGCAACGUGCAUGAUCUCUUUAUUCCCAACGACUUGCGUGAAGAAUUGCAGAAGAAAUCUGCAGCUACUCUUCAAACUCUCCCUAACACCCAACUUCCUGCCCAGGUCGACUACUUCCAUUCCCUUGUCCCUCUGGAUCUCAGUCACCAGAAGAAUGCUGCGACCUUUGGCUAUCCGAGCUGGAUCUACAAGGCCCAGUCUAGUAAAGAUGGCACCUUUUAUGCUCUUCGUAGACUUGAGGGUUACCGCCUGACCAAUGAGAAGGCUAUCCGUUCUGUGCAAGCCUGGAAGCGCGUCUGCAACGCCAGUGUGGUGACCAUUCACGACGCGUUCACUAGCCGCAGCUUCCAAGACAGUUCUCUGAUCUUUGUGACCGACUACCACCCACUGUCCAAGACACUUGCAGACCAGCAUCUAAACGCUGGAACCCGCUUCCCAGGCCGCCACACCAAUGCUCAUAUUCCUGAGCAAAUUCUCUGGGGCUACAUGACUCAGAUCGCCAACGGACUCAAGGCGAUUCACGCCAAUGGUCUUGCUGCCCGAGUUCUCGAGCCUAGCAAGGUUUUGCUUACCGCUAAGACCCGUGUCCGCAUCAACGCCUGCGCUAUUCUUGAUGUGGUGCAAUUCGAUACCCAGCGGACUGUGGCCGACCUCCAGCGACAGGAUCUUGUCAACUUUGGCCAAAUGAUCCUCACUCUUGGCGCCAACUCGCCCACUGUCAUCCACAACCCAACCAAAGCCAUGGAGUAUUUCACUCGCGUCUACAGCCCUCAGUUGAAGAACUGCGUGCUCUGGCUGUUGAAUGGUCUGCAAAAGGAUCAGGAGCGAACCAUCGACACUUUUAUCACUGGCAUCUCCUCCCAGCUGAUGUCGACUUUUGAUUCAGCACUCCACCUGGAUGAUCAGCUGAACUCUGAUCUCGGCCGGGAGUUGGAGAACGGACGAAUUGUCCGCCUGAUGGGCAAACUCGGACUCAUCAAUGAACGUCCUGAAUAUGAACUUGACCAGCGCUGGUCCGAGAGCGGAGAGCGCUACUUCCUGAAGCUCUUCCGCGAUUACGUCUUCCACUCGGUGGAUAGCCAAGGUGACCCGGUGGUUGAUCUUGGCCAUAUCCUCACUUGUUUGAACAAGCUCGAUGCGGGGACUGAUGAGAAGAUCCAAUUAGUCAGUCGCGACGAGCAAAGUUCCUUCAUUGUCAGCUACAAGGAGGUCAAGAAAGCUCUUGAGUCUUCCUUCCAGGCUCUGAUGAAGCCGGCUAGACGAAUGCACUAG